CAUCGCCGCUGUUCUUCUAGCUAGAUGGAGCACCUGGCGUACGCUUUUCCUUUCGCGUAAAAGCGCGUUGUUUAUAUUUUUGUUAUGAUUGGCGUAAUUGGAUUAGUGGUUCGGGUUCAGCAUUUUCCCCGAGCAAUCCCUUCGACGGCCGGAGUUGUCGUUCUAUGGUGGUCGCCGCCGUCGUCGUCGUCGUCGUCGUUACUGUCGGUUAUGGUUGUAGAAUAUAGAACUUGACGUCGCGUCGUCGACUGCUGCGGUACAGGUUCCUUAGGAUAGGCCUGGGUGAGCCUGCCUUCAGUUGAGCUCGGGACUUGCAGGUCGUCGGUGGUAACUUUUCGCGAUUCGUAGCACCGCGUUGGCCAUGUGGCUCCUGAAGAAUCAAUAUGGCGGCCUUCAAUUAGGGCAACGUUUUUCGCACUGUUGCGUAACGGAUUUCGCGUGAUCUGAGUUCGCCAGGGCUCUCCAGCAGUGAUAUCUCGGUGUGAUCUGCAUUGAAAACGAGUUGUUUGGAUUAGGCGUUGUGGUUUUCGAGCGAACUCCCGCACUUUGCCAGAUGAUUUGUGACGAGAGUGGUGCGGUGAUUCUCGAUGGCAGUGGGGUUUCACAUGGGUAUUUCAGCGUAGAAUUUGCACACUCAAUCGAUACCGCUAGUGACUGGUUUGGGCGCGCGCUUAGGCAAAAGGGGUGCAAGCCGUCCCUUUUAAUUGAAUAACCAAGCUCGAGCUGGUCGGGUGGAAGCAGUUGUCGUAGUGGUGCAGUGUCGGAAGGAGUGCGAGCGAGCGCGAAAAUGGACGCCAAAGGCAGCGAGGAUCCCCUGGAGGAAGAACACGAGAAAGUUGAAUCUGAAGAACCGUUCGAUUUGGAUGAGUUGCUACCGGCGAUCGGCGAGUUCGGACGGUACCAGAAGUUGCUGCUUUGGCUGAUAUGUCUGCCGGCGUGCAUACCGUGUGGAUUUUGCGCCUUCAAUCAGUUGUUCAUGACCGACGUGCCCGAGGACUACUGGUGUAAGAUUCCAGAGUUGCAGAAUUUUAGCGUGCAGGAACGGAAGCUGUAUGGCAUUCCGAUGGUGGAGCGUGAUGGACAGGAGGAGUUCAGCAAGUGUUCCCGCUAUGCGGUGGAUUGGAAAGUUUUGCUGGCCGACAACGACAUAUCAACGAUUGUCCCCAACAGUUCUUGGCCAGUGGAGCUCUGCCGCAACGGCUGGGAGUACAACAAUUCUUUCGUAAUGUCAUCUAUAGUGAUUGAUUACAAUCUAGUCUGCGAGUACGACAUUUAUCCCACAUUGGGACUAGUAGCCCUAAACACUGGAGGGCCCAUUGGAGUGUAUUUGUUCGGCAUGCUCAACGAUCGAGCCGGUCGACGGAUGGCCUACUUUUGCUGUUUGGCAACACUGCUGUUCGGCAGUUUUAUCACCGCGGCCAGUAGCAGUUUCUGGAUGUGGGCCUUCAGUAGAGUGAUCGUGGGUCUCACCAUCCCCGCAGUGUACCAAAUCCCAUUCAUCAUCGCACUGGAACUGGUCGGACCGAACUAUCGAUCAUUCGGUACCGUAAUGACCUGUACGUUCUACACGUUUGGCCUGAUGAUGCUCGCCGGAGUUACCUACCUGAUACGGGACUGGGUGGAACUUACUCUCUACACCUCGGUACCCUUCCUGUUGUACUUUCUGUACCUGUUCAUAAUGCCCGAAUCUCCGAGAUGGCUACUGAUGAAGGGCAAACUCGAAGAAGCACUGAAAAUCCUCGAAAAAAUGGCCAAAGUUAAUGGUAAGCAGUUUCCGGCAGCGUUCAAGAACAAACUGCAGAUGCGAGUCGAAGCUGAGAAGUGCAGAACCGUGAAGAAGGAGGAAGUUUCCAUCGGGGCGUUCGAUCUCUGCCGGACGCCAAACAUGAGACUGAAAACAAUACUUAUCACGUUGAACUGGUUCGUCAACGAGACUGUCUAUCUGGGCCUGAGCUAUUACGGGCCAUCUCUCGGGGAGAAUCAAUAUCUGAGCUUCUUUCUGUCGUCGCUGGUGGAGAUUCCCAGCUACGUGGUGUGUUGGAUUAUUAUGGAUCGCUAUGGUCGACGGUGGCCCAUGUGUAUGCUGAUGAUACUGGGGGGAAUCAGCUGUGUGGCGACGGUGGUCCUACCGGAGGAUGCUGUGAUGGAAACGUUGUUCCUGUAUCUUCUUUCGAAAUCCAUGAUUUCGGCGUCGUUCCUAAUAAUCUAUCCGUUCGCUGGAGAGUUGUAUCCAACGCAAGUGCGAGGAGUUGGAAUUGGAACCUCUAGCUAUAUCGGCGGAUUAGGACUGAUUGUGAUUCCAUUCAUCACAUAUUUGGGCAAAGAAAACCUAGUCCUUCCGUUGGUCAUCAUGGGUUGCGUAUCGGUGGCCGGUGGCUUCACCGGUCUGCGCCUACCGGAAACCCUGCACCACCGACUCCCGCAAACGCUGGAAGAGGGUGAACUGUUCGGCCAGGACUGGACCUUCGACGACUGCUUCCGGUGUAUCCCGACGAAAAAGUCCCCGACCGGAUCGUACGAAAACCUCUCGCAGGAACCGUCCGAUACGGCCCUGGAGCUGAACCGUGGGGAACCAAUGGUGAAUGGGAAUGGGACUGGAGGGAGUGGUGGUGGUGGUGGUGCGAGUGGGGGCAGUAGAAGUACGGCCAGUGGUUCCGGAGGGGGUUAUGAAGGGGCAACGUCCACGGAGAAGACUCCGCUGGAAAUCGCCCGGUUACGGCGGAAGUCGAUGAAGCGGCUGGUGAGGCAGGCCAGCACCAUGGACACGCAGAAAACGGCGGAAGGAGCCAUGCAGUUGACGUAUUGGUUCUGAUGGGGGAAUGAAGGGCAAACAAGAACCUUUACUUACCUUUUCUUGAAGUAUGAAAUCAAAUUUGUUUGUCGGAUUGUCGAGAAUCCGCACUUUAUUGGAGCUUAUGUGUUAGUGAACCUUGGAGAGACCUCGAUGCAGCAUGUAGAUUUAUAGUUUGCCAAGAAUUGGCUAGUUGCUAUGACCACUAGACUGAGUCAACGUUGUUUGGGAAAAUUCAUAAUUAAAAUAAUUACAAAAUUGAACAAAUUGAUCAUAUCAACCCGGAAUAAAGCUCUUUCGCUCCAUAUUCGCUAGAUGGCGUUAGUUGGCAAGUAAAGCUGUCAACUUCUCAAUCUCGGGAUUUAAGGCAGAUAGAAAAGUGUAGCCUUCGGUUCAGUUGGACAAUAACAUUAUGGUGAUCCAACAGUUAGCUGGUAAUUUUGUCGCUAGGUGGCGCUAGUUGUCAAGUGAAGUUUUAAAUUUGUCUAUCUCGGGAUGCAAAGCAGAUCGAAAAGCGUCGUCUUUGGCAAAGUUCUUCAGAAGGACAAGAACAAUCUGAUGAAUCAUAAAUUAGUUGGUAAUAUGGCCGCUAGAUGGCACUAGUUGUCCAGUUUUAAGCUUCUCUAUCUCGGGAUCCAGAGCAGAUAGAAAAGUGUCGUCUUCGGUAAAGCGGUUCAGUUGGACAAGAAGAAUGUGGUAAUUCGCCACUUAGCUGGUAAUAUCGGCACUAGGUGGCACUUGUUGUCAAGUAAAGCUUUCAACUUGUCUAUCUCGAGAUUCAAAGCGGAUAGAAAAGAUUCAUUUUAAUUGCAUCAUUUUACAGUCAGUAUUGCAUGUAUGGGUGUGUUUCGGAAAAUGAAAACGACGGAUUUUUAUUUUUUGAACAUAUUUUAACAAUAAAGAAAUACGUAUAUGUAUAUUUUCGGUUCUUUCUCUGAUUUGUUCUGCAUUUGUCUAUAGUAAUAAUGUGCACUGACAACAUUCACUUGAUUAAAACUAAAGGUUUCUUGUUUGUAUUUAGCGUCAACAUAUUCUAGUUGAAUCUUUCGUUUUUUUUAUAUGUUUCAAGGGAGAGUUUUAUUUAAAGUGUUGUUAUCUCUUGCAUGCUGGAGUUAUUUUUAUCAUUUAACGUAUUUGACCUUUACAGUAUUUGCAAGUAUUUGCCUCGAGAUUUUAUUUAGACAGAUUUCUGAUAGGUUACAUGAAACAACAGAUUUGUUUAACUUACUUCUCCCCGGAUUCGAAGUUUCAUCAUCACUUAUCAUGAAACUUAAACUUCUUCCCCAUGUCUGUGGUUGAUCGUGUGAGAAGCAUUCACUGAUGUUGUAUAGGCAUUUCUAAGGAUAUGUUUCUUAAGAGUUUGUUCAUUCACAUACAUUUUGCUACGGUUGCUUGUGGUUAUGUUCAUAUAGGAAAAGAAGUCGAUGAUUGUACAAGUAGGCUGGGUAAACCGUUGUUGCUGUGGAUACUGGAAAACAAAAGUAAAAACUGUCUCUCGCUUUCAUCUACUUUGUACUAAGGAAUCAAAUUACUCUAGCUAAAUAAGUUAUCAUUUAUUCGUGUAUGAUGUGUAGUUGGUUGCGUAAAUCGAAUAGGAUAAUGCAAAGUCGGUUGACAGGUCGGUUGUAAAAUGUUGACGGAUACAAAUUGACAUAAAGUAUGAUUGGGAUCGCUUUGAAGCUAUAGUUUUCUUUUUUUUAUGCUGCAAGUUUCUGUUUUGGGACGGCGAUCCGUUGUAUCUUCUUUUAAUCGAAUAAGUGUGUACCUAUGUGUGUUUGUUAACUCAUUCGCGUAUUUCUAAGUUAGAUAGAUGACACAAAAUGUUGUUAGAGCAAAUGUCUUUUUGUUGUUUGAAUUAGAUUGUUUGGCAAGUGGUGGAUCGAAUGUCGCCAUUUUGUUUUUUCUUGUUUUGUUAAGUUGGUAUUCCUAUCGAACCGAAUUGGCCGUUCUGUGAUACACAAAAACGACGUAAGUUGAUUAUAAAUUAAGUGGGAUCGAGGCUUAGUUAGAGAGCCAAAUUGUUCGUUUCUCGAAUCAUCAGUAUAUAGUUAGUAGUCUAUAGAUUAAAAUUUCGUAAUUGUAAAUAUCCGAUUGUAGAUUUGUUGAAAAUAAACUAUGAAAAAAAGAUCAGCUGGAUAGAUUUGUUCUGUAUACUAAUAUAAUCACAUUCCAAUGUAAGUUGUCGUCGUUUGAAAGUUAGACUCAGAAUUUCGGAAAAGGCUGGAACUAAAUUUAUAACGUUAUAUCACAAAUGUACCCUACAUAAUAAAGAAGGAAACUGUUUAUCACUACAAAAUUUCGAUAUCCGAAAAAAGAACUUAAACGCUUGGUUUUGUUUGUUUUCCUACCCUGCCUAGAAUCGAAAAAGAAAACCUUUUCCAAAAUACGAUGCCGGUUGCUGCAACCGGAAAGAGAGUCAUACUCUUCUGAUAGAUGUCGCUGAUUUGUUGUUGCUGUGAGAUUUUUUUUUAUCUAAAAGGCAUACCGUUCCUUUAUAAAAUUCCUGCUCUUUUCCAUUGUCUCUCGGUUCUCUCUCUCUCUUCCUCUUGCUCUACAAAAGUCAUCUCCAAAUUUUGCUGUCGGUAAAAUCGUCUGCUCUGCGGAUUCGAAUGGCACUUUCAGGUAUGUUUAUGUCAGCGUGUAAUGUUUUCGUACUAACUGUCAUAAACAGGAGGCGCCACAGGGGUCACAUACAAAUAGGCUCAAGGUGAUAGGUCUUUUGUUCUAUGGGUAUCAUCGUGUUUAAAAAUGCUAUCAUAAUCCCAUCGCAGUGGGCUGUUGGUCCGGGUAGUUCAAGGGUUGUUGCUCGAAGGAUAGGGAGGGUGAACCAAUCGCAGUAGGCGCGACCGGACGGUUUGGUUUCUAUAGGCACGAGUGACGUUUGUCUGCUUUUGUUUACUACACGACAAUGGAUCGAUGGACCACAUCUGUAUUGGAUAUCUUUUACUAAUGGGGAGACACGGGUUGGAUGAAAGUGGUGCCAUCUAUCUACACGGUUUAAGAUUGAAAUGGCAGUUCAAGCAUGUAACUUUUCGAUUUUGUCGUCAUUUUGGUUUACGAUUUCAUAAACGUUUCGACGUUAGUAUCUGUUUCCAUGUGAUUGUAUACAUCUAUUUCCUAUAGAAGUUAAGUACACGAUUACAGUUUAUUAAAAUCAAACAAAACAAAAACGUAAUACACAUAUAUAAUAUCGUUUAACAAAAUAAGAUCAAUGGCAAGUUCUGGUAACGUAAAAUUUUUUAUGCUUACAAAUAGAGCUAACAGAAGACAAACUUAGACACUAACUGGCAAGUAGAAAAUUUGUGCUCACUGGUGUUUGAGUAUUCAUCUCUUCGUCAGUAUUACGACGGGGAACUCGCUCGGUAUAAAUGGAUGAUUCAGAGGAAGAUUCAAAUCAAUUGAUGUACAAGUCGUUCAAACGUCAAAUGAUUCUCUAUAACACGUAAUGGACUAGCAUAAAAAUAUCGCAAUGUUUUACAUGUAUUUUUUUUCUCUUGUUAUAAUUCGGGGGGCUCACAUGUACAGAGAAAGUGCUUUUCUUAACUAUUUUAAAAACAGCUUCUUACAUCGCUAAUAAGGGAACUAAAUACAAGUUUUGAACGUCCAUUGAACCUUAAUCUAAGAAUUUCAUUGUCACAUUCUUCUCAGUGUAUGUAAGUAUGUGUGUGAGUGUCUGUUUUCAACCGUUUUCUUUGUGUGUCCACAUGCACACGGAAAAUCGAUUCAUGAUUUUUUUUUGUAAUUACUUUAAAAUUUGUACUACCAGUUCUCAAUCCUCUCAUUUAUGUUUUUUUUUUUUUGUUACGAUUCGUUGCCUCAUUCUUUACGUCAGCUAUGUUAGUUAAGCACUUUCGUUUCUUCAUCAUCAGCUCUGUGUAUCAAAUGAAUAUAAUCUGUUUCAUACAAGUUAGUAUGCUUGUUUUACAAUAACCGUCUUCACUCUUUUUUCACACAUACUGUCAUAAAUACAUCUUAUCUAAAGAGACGCAAUCUGCUGUUGUUUACUCAUUAAAUGCUAAAAUUACUAUGUACAUAUAUCCCUUACAAUAAGUCUUAAAAGUAUACUGAAUCUAUUCCAUUCAACGGCGACUGAUUUGUUUCUCGAUAGUGUGUGUGCAAGGUUGGGAUCCGUCGGAUUCUGAUUACCGGCAUAGGAAAAUCGUAAAAAGAAGGAGUAUUUUCUCUGUCUGGAGCCUCGUAGCCGUGCGGUUAGGGUCACCAAGCUUCUAAUCGCACCGCGCUAUGGGGUGAGGGUUCGACUCUGUCUCGUGGAGCCUCGUAGCCGUGCGGUUAGGGUCACCAAGCUUCUAAUCGCACCGCGCUAUGGGGUGAGGGUUCGAUUCCCGCUCCGGGCGAUGAAACUUUUCGUGAGAAUAGUUUCUUCUCCGUAUUCACUGGUGCAUGCUCUGUGUGUCCUUGUCUAGUGUUAAGUUUCAUUUCAGUCUGUGCAGCCUUUGGCUGAAGACGGUGUCCGCGUCUUUUUUUA